UGCCUUUCGGGUCAUCUGCCGCCCCGGGGCUCGGCGUUCGGUUCCCGGGGCUUGCACGUUCCAUUCUCAGGCAGGUCCUGGGGCUCCAGGAUCCUGCUCGCUGCGUCCUCGGGUCGGUGUGUUCACGCCGGGAAGCAGGCGACCAUGGCAGAGUUUUCACAGAAGCAGAAGAAGCAGCGUGGUGACGAAGGCCUGGGCAGUGUGGUGGACUUCCUCCUGGCUAAUGCUCGUUUGGUGCUAGGUGUGGGCGGGGCUGCAGUGCUAGGCAUUGCCACCCUGGCUGUAAAGCUGGAGCCCACACCCGCUCAUUCUCAGACCACAUCGAUGCCUCAACCCAGCUCCCUAGCACCCUUGUGCCUGACGUUCCAGGAGAAGCUGCUGGCAUUUGAGCGCAACCGCGUGACUAUCCCAGAAGCCCAUGUGGCUUUGGUGAAACAGCUGGCUGGAGACAUUGCCUUGGAGCUGCAGGCCUACUUGAGGAACAAGUUCCCAGAACUGCCCUUUGGUGCGCUCGUUCCAGGCCGGCCUCUCUACGAUGGGCUACAGGCAGGGGCUGCUGAGCGUGUGCGCCUGCUAGCACCCCUGGAGUUAGAACCAGGGCUGUGGAGCCUGGUACCUGGCAUGGACACUGUGGCCAGGGAACCUCGAUGCUGGGCUGUGCGCAGGACCCAGCUUGAGUUCCAUCCCCGUGGGCGCAGCCCAUGGGAUCGCUUCCUGGUUGGGGGUUACCUUUCCUCCCGUGUCUUGUUGGAGCUGCUACGGAAGGCCCUGGCAGCCUCCGUCAACUGGCCAGCCAUUGGUAGCCUACUUGGAUGUCUGAUCCGGCCCAAUGUGGCUUCUGAGGAGCUGCUGCUGGACGUGCAACAUGAGUGUCUGGAGUUCACUUUAGCUGUGCUCUUGGUGGUCCCUGGGGCCAGCACUGAUGAUCGCCUUCUGCUGGCUUGGCCGCUGGAGGGGCUGGCUGCCAAUCUCUGGCUGCAGGAUCUAUAUCCUGUAGAGGCUGCCUGUUUGCGGGCCCUGGAUGACCAGGAUGCUGGCACUCGCCGGAGGUUGUUGCUGCUGCUAUGUGGUGUAUGUCGUGGCCAUCCGGCUCUGGUGCGACUGGGUUGGAGCCACCUGACCCAGGUGGUUCUGCAUCUGGGUAAAGAGGAAGUAGCCUGGACCGAGGAGGCCUUGGGGGAUCGCUUUCUGCAAGCCCUGGAGUUUCUGGUGGGCAGCUUGGAGCAGGCUAACCUGCCCUGUCACUUCAACCCUGGCGUGAACCUCUUGGACAGUUUUCGGGAAGAGGAGAUCGAUGACAUUGGCUAUGUACUGUAUAGUGGUCUGCAGGUCCCUGAGAGCCUACUCUAG